CGCGGGCCCGGCCGCCGCCGCUGUCGCCUCCUCCGCCGGGCUGCCUCCCGGCUCCCGGGCGCCCCGCCUCCUCCACCCCCGAACGGGCAGACGACGCGCCCGCAGCCGCCGCCUCUGCGCUCCCAUGAUCGCCCAGUGCCUUUCGGCUGUGCGAGGCCUUCACAGAGUUGGUGGUUCCAGGAUUUUAUUCAGGAUGACUUUAGGAAGAGAAGUGAUGUCUUCUCUUCAGGCGAUGUCUUCCCAUACAGCGGUGGGCAGAAAUGUUUUAAGAUGGGAUCUUUCACCAGAGCAGAUUAAAGCAAGAACUGAGGAGCUCAUUGUGCAGACCAAACAAGUGUACGAUGCUAUUGGAAUGCUUGACAUUGAGGAAGUAACUCAUGAGAACUGUUUGCAGGCACUGGCAGAUGUGGAAGUGAAGUAUAUAGUAGAGCGAACCAUGCUCGACUUUCCCCAGCACGUCUCCUCUGACAAAGAAGUACGGGCAGCAAGCACAGAAGCAGACAAGAGACUUUCUCGUUUUGAUAUUGAGAUGAGCAUGAGAGAAGAUAUAUUUCGGAGAAUUGUUCACUUACAGGAAACCUGCGAUCUGGGGAAGAUAAAACCUGAAGCCAGACGAUACUUGGAAAAGUCAGUUAAAAUGGGGAAAAGGAAUGGGCUCCAUCUUCCAGAACAAGUACAAAAUGAAAUCAAAGCAAUGAAGAAAAAAAUGAGUGAGCUGUGUAUUGACUUUAACAAAAACCUCAAUGAGGAUGAUACCUUCCUUGUAUUUUCCAAGGCUGAACUUGGUGCUCUUCCUGAUGAUUUCAUUGACAGUUUAGAAAAGGCAGGUGAUGACAAGUAUAAAGUUACCUUGAAAUAUCCACAUUACUUUCCUGUCAUGAAGAAAUGUUGUAUCCCUGAGACCAGAAGGAAGAUGGAAAUGGCUUUUAAUACAAGGUGCAAAGAGGAAAACACCAUAAUUCUGCAGCAGCUACUCCCCCUGCGGGCCAAAGUAGCCCAACUACUCGGCUAUAGUACUCACGCUGACUUCGUCCUUGAAAUGAACACUGCGAAGACUACAAGCCGUGUGACAGCCUUUCUGGAUGAUUUAAGCCAGAAAUUAAAACCCUUGGGGGAGGCAGAACGAGAGUUUAUUUUGAAUUUGAAGAAAAAGGAAUGUGAAGAGAGAGGUUUUGAAUACGAUGGGAAAAUCAAUGCCUGGGAUCUACAUUACUACAUGACUCAGACAGAAGAACUCAAGUACUCCAUAGACCAAGAGAUCCUGAAGGAAUACUUCCCGAUUGAAGUGGUCACUGAAGGCUUGCUGAACAUCUACCAGGAGCUGUUGGGACUUUCGUUUGAGCAAGUGGCCGAUGCUCACGUUUGGAAUAAAAGCGUUACACUUUACACUGUGAAGGAUAAAGCUACAGGAGAAGUUUUGGGCCAGUUCUACUUGGACCUUUAUCCAAGGGAAGGAAAAUACAACCACGCGGCCUGUUUUGGUCUCCAGCCUGGCUGCCUUCUCCCUGAUGGGAGCCGCAUGAUGUCUGUGGCUGCCCUUGUGGUGAACUUUUCACAGCCAGUAGCAGGUCGUCCCUCUCUCCUGAGGCACGAUGAGGUGAGGACUUACUUCCAUGAAUUUGGUCAUGUCAUGCAUCAGAUCUGUGCACAGACGGAUUUUGCACGAUUUAGUGGAACAAAUGUGGAAACUGACUUUGUAGAGGUGCCUUCACAAAUGCUUGAAAACUGGGUGUGGGACGUUGAGUCCCUCCGGAGACUGUCAAAACAUUACAAAGAUGGAAGCCCUAUUAUGGAUGAUCUGCUUGAGAAACUUGUUGCUUCUAGACUGGUCAACACAGGUCUUCUUACCUUACGCCAGAUUGUUUUGAGCAAAGUGGAUCAGUCUCUCCAUACCAACACAUCGCUGGAUGCUGCAAGUGAAUAUGCCAAAUAUUGCGCAGAAAUUUUAGGUGUUGCAGCUACUCCAGGCACAAAUAUGCCAGCUACUUUUGGACACUUGGCAGGGGGAUAUGAUGGCCAAUAUUAUGGAUAUCUUUGGAGUGAAGUAUUUUCCAUGGACAUGUUUUACAGCUGUUUUAAAAAAGAAGGGAUAAUGAAUCCAGAGGUUGGAAUGAAAUACAGAAACCUAAUCCUGAAACCUGGGGGAUCUCUGGACGGCAUGGACAUGCUCCAGAAUUUCUUGAAACGUGAGCCAAACCAAAAAGCGUUCCUAAUGAGUCGAGGCCUGCCUGCUCCGUAAACUGGGGAUCUCUGGGAGCAGUCCAAGUCUGGAGCACAAGUCGGCAUCUCCAUGUGUUACUGGCCUGAAACUGAAGGGAGUUUUGCAAAUGAAAGUUUAGAUUUCUAUUGACUGCCUUUUGUUUUUCGAUUUGGAAAAUUAUACAGAUGUAAAUGGAAUUAUAAAUACUGUGACCUAAGAAAAGACCCAUUAGAAAAUAAUUGUACUAUAAAAUUUCAUAAAAAUGGAUUUGAUUUCUUUUUAUAGAAGUUUCAUAUGAAAGUAAUUUGAUUUUUUACUAUUAUCUAGAUAAUGUAAUGUAAGAGGGCUAAGAAUUUUUAAAUUGAAUCAUAUACAUUAUAUAAUUUGAUCCUUCUUACAUCUUGAAGUUUUGUACUUGGGAUUUCUGGCCUGAUAAAUGAAUCAUCACAUUCCUCUGGUGAAUAUUUUCUUGGAGCCCUGAAUCGACUUCGACUCUGUCUCAGUAAAGUGCGAGCUCUUUGCCUGCAUAGCUCGGGGCCAGGGGACUGUGCACUAUGCCUCGGUAAUGCGUUUAUCUUUGCCUUUCAGGCCUUAUGAUUCCCACCUUUCUGCCACACUUAAAUUGUGUUCUUCCAUUUGGGUUUGUCUUUUCUGUCUAAAGUCCAGUCAGACAGUACCAAAAAACUAGGAGUUUUAGCUGAAGUGACCUAAUGUAUAUUGCAAGUUUUUGUGUCUUGUAUUAGAGGAUUUUGGAUCUUGUGUUAGAGGUCCAUUUCUGCUUCAGCGCUCAAGACCGUCACUCUUUUGGCACAUUUACCAGUUAGAGCACUAAAGCGAGUGCAAGGAUGUGUUUCUUUCCUGAUGUUUCUAAUAAGUGGUAGGGACUUGGCCUCCUGUACUGCCCACCUCACCCAAAGUGGCAGGUGCCCACCUCACGAGCGCCUGGUUAGAGAGCCACAGGAAGAGAGCGAAGCUGACGUGGAGCAUGAGGAGUUGAGACUCCAGAAGAGGAUGGGUCCUCAGCAGAAGCGUCGGAGCGCGGCUGCUCCAGGGUGUUCCCUGCGUGCGGAACCUCCCCAUGGGGAGAAGGGUUCGCCAGGAGCCUGUUUUGUCUGGUGAUUUUUAUUUUAAAUGAACUUGUAGAUCUCUCUUUAACUCUUUACUGUAGGCCCAGAUUCCAAUUCUACAGCAGACUAGUAAACUCACAGUACUUAUUUUUCCUCUAGGAGUCUACUCAAUAAGGAAACCAGAACAGGAUCAUGAAAUUGUUUUAAUAAAAAAACAAACUUUGAAUGCCCUCUGAUAAGUCUUCCAACUGUUUCCCACUGUGUACCUGAGGUAUGACUGCUGGCCAGGGACAAAAUCAGAACCUUUCUAUUCUCUAGUCCAAAUGGACUUUGUGCUAAAUAAAAAAAUAAUAUGCUGCAUAAUGAGAUCAGAGACAGCAGGAAAAAUCAAGAGCUAGAGCAACACAGAAGAAAAUUCUAAGAUUAUUACUGCCAAGCAAAUAUGUUAAACAUCCACAUGAAAUCCCACCCUCCCCUUGAGAGAAUCGCCUGGCUUGAACUCCCCCAAAGCGGUUUUUUCGGUCUUAGCAACCUGUGGUAUUUUUCUCAUAUCUUUUUUUUUCCCCAGACUGUUCUGUUUUCCAGUUUCAGACAAAAACUCUCUUCAGCUUUUUCUCUUGCCCAAUGUAUCUCCCUAACAAUAACUUUAUCAUUUUAAAUCUUAACUUAGUUCACAUGGAAAAACUAAUACUUGGUGUGAAAAAGGCUGCACACAAUAAAGUUGUGUUACUACCCAUGA